ACUCAUGUUAAACAAACUGUGAGAAGAAACAAAGUCUGACUCUUUUCUAACAUUUGACCCAAACUGUUUGUCUAAAUGAUCCCAAACUUCAGCUCAUUAUCUUCAGACACAGUAAGAGAAAUGAUUUCAUGAUGAAUGAUGAUCAUUGUUGGAGGUUUUGGUCACUGUGCUGAAUUUAGCAGAGUCAAGUGUCAUCACUGUGUUUCCUGCAGCACUUUGCACAUAAUACUAUAAAUAUAAGGAGGAAGCCUGAGGCCCUGCAGCAGACUCACAGACGGAUGCAGAGGGGAGGAGUGUGGAGGUGUGUGCUGUGUGUUUGGAGGAGGGACUCCUUCAGUUAGAGAAGUGAGGCGUCACAAGUUCCUGGUUUCCAGUGAAGAAGAAGAGAGGCAGCAGUAAACCAUCAGAGCCUCAUCAUGAAAGUCCAUCACACUCUGAUCUGCUUCUUCUUCCUUUCUCUGCAGGAUGGAAACCCUGAAGUCACCAAUGCUCAGAUUCUUCACUAUGGAGUCAUUGGAGGAGAUUUUAAAGCUGGAUUCACCUUUAAUUCUCCAGGAACAUGGAAGAUGUUCUGCAGAGAAAAAUGUGAAGGAGAAAAUAUUCUAAUUAAAACAACUGAUGUCAGAGCUCAAACAGGCAGAUACAGCAUUGAAUAUGAAAACAAUGUUUUAUCUGUGAGCAUCUCAAAGCUGACUGAGUCUGACUCUGGACAGUACAGCUGUGGUUUGGGUGGAUCUCCAUCAUCAGCUCCAUUCACACCGUUUGUGAUCGUUGUUGCUGAAGCACUGCUGGAUGGAAACGAUGAUCCUGCUCAGCUGAAACACUUCAAUAAAGAAACUGGAAGCUCUCUCACAGUCGCAUGUUCCUUUAAACAAGCUGGAUACAGAAAGAUGUUCUGCAGGGGAGGAUGUAGAGGACACAACAUUCUUGUUGACACAAAUGACGUCAAAGCUCAGAGAGACAGAUACAACAUUGGAUAUGUUUCAGAAUCAGGAGUUCUGUGUGUGAGCAUCACACAGCUGACCAAGUCUGACUCAGGACGGUACAGAUGUUUACUGAUUGGAUCUUCCAGCAGCUCAUCCAGAGAGUUUGAGGUCACUGUCACAGAUGCAGCUGGACCAUCAGCCACAACUACAGGAAGCUCCACACCUUCAUUAACUUGGACUGGAAGCACUGAGCAGCCUGAAGGAGCAGCAUCAGGUACAUCCAUCUCUGUGCUGCUGUAUGUGAUCAUCUCUCUGCUCAUCAUCAUCAUCCUCUCAUCACUGGCUGUUCUAAUAAUCUGCAUUAAGAGGAAGAGCAACAGAGGUUUGAGGACCAGAGGAAACUCAGAGGGCACAAACAUGGAGGACGUCCACUACGAGAACUGUACUCCAGGUUCUACACGUGAAGACUCGACCUACCAGAGCCUCCAUCCAGCCGCCAGGGACCAGGACCAGACCUACUCCACACUCACACACCACACAUGAGACUCUCUGGAUUCACACCAGGGUUUAUUUCAGUGCUUCAGGUUUAAAGUUUGAACACAGACCCUGAAAACUGUAAAUAUUCACUCACAUUUGGAGUCAGCUUCAAGUGGCCGUUAGAGGAACUGCAGCUGUUGGAACGUCUGCAGGAGGAACCAGCCCCACCAGCCUCCAUCAUCCUACAUGAGUGGAGACUGUGAAGUCUUUCUGCUGCAGUGUGUCAUCCAUUUGGCUGAGAAGGUGUUUGCAGUCUCCCUUCUUUCCAACACCUGGACACCUCCAGGACCCUGAGAGUGACCCCUCCCACCCUGGACAGACACUUUCUGAGUCGCUCCCCUCUGUAUCAUGAAACGGCCAAUAUAUGUGAUUAAAAACAACAAAAAACAUUAACUCUCCUGAUCAGUCU